AACUCUCGGGGAUCGGUUAGUGAAAUUUUUGAAGAGGUCGAGAGAGGUCGCGCUGCUGGUGUUUGAGCGCGGCGCCUCUUCUAACAACCGGAUGUUGUCUCCUGCUGAUAUCCUCCGGUGCUACGUUCAUUGUGGUCCCCAAAAUGGCGAACGUUGCUGCAGCUACCGUGGCCGCUGCGGCCGCAGCUGCCGCCGCGAACAGAGACCCAGCCGUGGAUAGGUCACUACGAUCGGUUUUCGUUGGAAACAUUCCAUAUGAAGCCACAGAAGAGCAGUUGAAAGACAUAUUCUCCGAAGUCGGACUUGUUGUCAGCUUCAGGUUAGUGUAUGACAGAGAGACAGGAAAGCCAAAGGGAUAUGGCUUCUGUGAAUACCAGGACCAGGAAACGGCCCUCAGUGCCAUGAGGAACCUGAACGGGAGAGAGUUCAGUGGUCGGGCUCUCAGAGUCGACAAUGCAGCUAGCGAAAAAAAUAAAGAAGAGCUCAAAAGUCUGGGCACCGGAGCCCCCAUCAUCGAGUCUCCUUUUGGAGACAGUGUGUCGCCAGAGGAGGCUCCAGAGUCCAUCAGCAGAGCUGUGGCGAGUCUUCCACCUGAGCAGAUGUUUGAGUUGAUGAAACAGAUGAAGCUGUGUGUACAAAACAGCCCCCAGGAGGCGAGAAACAUGCUGCUGCAGAACCCGCAGCUGGCCUACGCUCUGCUGCAGGCGCAGGUGGUGAUGCGGAUCGUUGACCCGGAGAUCGCCUUGAAAAUGUUGCAUCGUCAAACAGCUGUUCAGCCGCUGGUGUCCAGCAGUCAGGGUGGAGGAGCACCGCCUGUCAAUCCUCCGGUUCAGCCCAACGUGCAGGUGUCUCAGCCACAGCCUGUGCCGGUCAUGCAUGUGAAUGGAGCCCCUCAGAUGAUGCAGCCCGCCAACAUGGGCGUUGUCCCCAACAUGCCUGUACCGGGCCCUGUACCAGGACCCGGACCCGGACAAAUCGGACCUCCAGGAAACCUACAGAAUUCCCCCACAGGAUCAGCCGGACCCGCCGCUAUCGAGCGGCCUCAAGGGCCGGGCGGUAUCCCACCCAGAGGCCUGUUAGGCGAUGGACCCAAUGAUCCCAGAGGAGGAACUCUGCUGUCUGUCACCGGAGAGGUCAUCGACCCCAACCGGGCCUACAUGGCCGCUCCGCCGCCCCACCAGGCUCCGCCCGUACAUAUACCUCAGAUGGGAGGCGGGCCACAGAUGGGAGGCGGACCUCAGAUGGGAGGCGGACCUCAGAUGGGAGGCGGACCUCAGAUGGGAGGCGGGCCACCCGAAAUGAGAGGCCCUCCGAUGCCUGAGCCACGGACCAUGAUGGUGGAUCCACGAGGGCCGCCGAUGAUGGAGCCGCGGGGACCACCAAUGGAACCCAGAGGCCGUGACCCGAGGGCGAUGGACGCUCGCGGGCCGGUGGCGGGUCAGAGGGUUCCCAUGGUGCCCGGGAUGCAGGGCCCGGUCUCCCACGCCAUGGGUCCAAACGUUCCUCCGCCUGCAAGACCGGGUCCGGGUAUUUCUGGCGUCGCGCCCUCAGGAGGAGGCUUCAGUCCCGGCCAGAGUCAGGUCUCCACUCAGGAUCAGGAGAAGGCCGCCCUCAUCAUGCAGGUCCUGCAGCUGACCCCGGAGCAGAUCGCCAUGCUGCCGCCGGAGCAGCGGCAGAGCAUCCUCAUCCUCAAGGAGCAGAUUCAGAAAACCGCCUCUGGCGCUCCGUGAUUCUCCAAGACGGAGUUCCUCCUCGGCUUCCCGCCUGGAGCAGGAAGGAGUUUUCUGAUUUCAACGAUGUUUUCACUCGUUCCUGCUGCAGGAGCCGCUGUCUCUUCCUGAAACCGGCCGCUCUGCACAAACACAAAAUAUUACCAAGUAUUUUUAUCUAGCUUCUAGUGAAAAUGUCUUGAAAUAAGAGAGAAUGUCACAUUUUUCCCAUGAGUAAAUAAUCUGCCAGUAGACCCACCACCUUUUAAUCAAUAUUAAGGAAUUAUUUGGUAAAACGUUACUUGUCAGUUUGAUCUUAUUUCAAGACAGCUCUAGAAACUAGAUAACAGUACUUGGCAAUAUUUUGUGUUUUUGCAGUGUAGGAGAUCAUAGCUUUGUUUCCUUUUUGUAUGAAGAGUAGCUUUGAUCCGAAUGACUUCAGAAAUGGACACGUUUUUUUUUUUUUUCCUUUAAACCAAACUGUUGUAAAAUCUCAAAACUGUUUUGUCAAUAAAACUAAAGAAGUCACAAAA